CUAGUCAUGUGUUUUGAAGCUGAAAGAAUCAGCAGAGCAACGAUGUGGAAGAUUUGUGUUGUUGUUGGCUUCAUAGCCUCUAGCUUUGCUGUUGCCAAACCUACCAUCUCUAAAGAGCCCCCAGUAUGGCCAAAAGCGUAUACUGUAACUGGAGUCCUGUAUUUACCAUACGCGGAGAUCAAGGAACCCUUUCAAGCUUGGUACGAUGCUGGGAAUAAGAGGAGUAGGAUCGACUAUUAUGGAGGUAUGGAUUCAACAUACCAAAGAGGAGAUGUACUGUCAUAUGGUUCCUCCUAUAGGAUUUGUCCAGAGACGACAGAAACAUACAAAAAUGUUAGAAAAUGCUUCCAAACUAAUGGAACUACAGCAGGUCCAGUAGUACAACAAUCUGUGCUUCCAGACUUAAGCAAAUUUACAUUUAUGGGUAACACAACUUACGGAGAGGUUAGUUGCUUGGCCUGGGAGUACAUUAUGUAUGAAGGUCACAAGAAAAACAAGUACACAAUGCAUGUGUCAAUGGAUGACACCCUUACACCCAUCCAUUACGAGAUGCUUGGCUUUGAUUCUCUCUUGGGUUCACAUUAUGAUAAAUAUGAAAUAGUUUAUGCAGACUACAGUGCUGAAACACCAUCACCAAAUGUGUUUGAAAUUCCAGAAGGUAUGGUGUGCACUGGAUUUCCUGGACCAGGUGAUGAGGCUACCAUUAUCGCAAACCCUAUGCAGGAAUUCAUUGAACCAGAGGGAAGGAAUAUUAUGCACAGUGUUUUUGAUAACUUUCUUAAAAACCAUCCCAAGGAUUAUGCUGAUAAACGGGAAUAUCAUCAUCGUCGUGAAACAUUUAGGCAAAACUUGAGAUUUAUUCAUUCCAAAAAUCGUCAACAUGCUGGCUUCUACCUUGCAAUGAAUCACCUUGGUGACAGAACUGAUAAAGAAUUGAAGGUUUUGAGAGGAAGAAGGACAAGUAAAGGAUACAAUGGGGGUUUGCCCUACAAACCCGACUUGUCAAAACUAAAGGAUGUUCCAGAUCAUAUAGAUUGGAAUAUUAGAGGAGCAGUAACCCCUGUCAAAGACCAAGCUGUGUGUGGCUCAUGUUGGAGUUUUGGUUCUACUGGUGCCAUUGAAGGAGCUCUUUUUAUGAAGACUAAGAAUCUUACAAGAUUGUCCCAACAAAACUUGAUGGACUGUACCUGGGGAUAUGGCAAUAAUGGAUGUGAUGGUGGAGAGGAGUUCAGAUCUUAUCAGUGGGUGAUAAAACACAAAGGAAUUGCUACUGAAGAAAGCUAUGGACAGUACCUUGCACAGGAUGGAUACUGUCAUUUUGAGUCUGCCAAAGUUGGGGCACAGAUCACAGGUUAUGUUAAUGUUACUUCUGGUGAUCUGAAUGCUCUGAAGCUUGCUAUAGCUCAGCAGGGUCCUGUGGCAGUUGGUAUUGAUGCAUCUCAUCGGUCUUUCUCAUUUUAUUCUUAUGGUGUUUACUAUGAUCCCAAAUGUGGAAAUACACCAGCUGACCUUGAUCAUGCAGUUCUUGCUGUUGGCUAUGGAACUAUGGAUGGUAAACCCUACUGGCUGAUAAAAAAUUCUUGGUCAACUCACUGGGGCAAUAAUGGAUAUGUUCUCAUGUCACAGAAGGACAACAACUGUGGUGUAGCUACGGAUGCAACGUUUGUGAUAAUGUAAUUGGUGUCUCAGAUAACGACCUAUCUGAUGUAAUAGGGACGAUGUAGUAAUCAACAAAACAAAAA